AUGGACCACGGCAAUAUCGCGAGAAGAGAACGGGAGCUUGAAACCCCGCCCCCUUUACUCUGGCUGCUGCUGGACGAGGAUUCAGUCCCCUCUUCUGCAGGCUCUGACAGAGGGCACACCACAGCUGCCCCGCCUGGAGUGGGGAGCUGGACCGAGCAGCAGGAACCUGCUCUGCCCUUGCUGAUCGCCCUCUCUCAUCCAGAAGGCACACCGCAGCUGUCCUGUCUGGAGGAGGGAGCUGGACUGAGCCACGGGAACCUGCUGCGGCCUUGCCUGAGACCUUCUUUCAGCCUGGAGAGCACCAGCAAUAGCACUAGCCACCGCCUGGAGGAGGGAGCAGUUAUUGUAUUCUGUUUUAUUUGGAAUCGUAAAACUGACAGUUUUUCAGAGAGGACACAAACCAGACACAUCAAAGGAAAUUUGGAGUUCAGUGAUGUUCUUUUUUCUUAUCCAUCUCGAGCUGGUGUCAAGAUCCUGAAGGGGCUCAGCCUGCAGCUUCAGAGUGGCCAGACAGUGGCCCUGGUUGAGAGCAGCAGCUAUGGGAAGAGCACAACUGUGCAGCUGGUGCAGAGGGUCUAUGAAUCCACACAGGGCACAAUGACAUUUGGCCAGGAUAUCAGGGACUUUAAUGUGAGAUAUCUGAGAGAAAUAAUUGGAGUGGCGAGUCAAGAGCCAAUGUUUUCUACCACGAUUGCUGAAAACAUCCACUAUGGCUGUGGAAAUGUCACCAUGGAUGAGAUCAAGAGAGCUGUCAAGGAAGCCAGUGCCUGUCAGUUUACCACGAAAUUGCCAGAGAAACUCAACACCCUGGUUGGAGAGCAAGGGGCGCAACUGAGAAGUGAGGAGGAGCAGACUGCCAUGGCACAUGCCCUGAUUCGCAACCCCAGGAUCCUGCGGGUUGAGGCCAUGCAUGCCCUGGACAUGGAGAGUGAGGCCGAGGUUCAGGCUGCACUGGACAAGGGAGCUUCACCGCUGCUGCUGCUGCUGCUGCCAGACGAGGGAGCUGUGCUGCAGAGGAGGUUUGGAGCCUGCCUGUACCAUGUCAGUGACCUUCUCUCAGUAGAGGGAGCUUCACAACCCAAGGAGGUGGGUUCCUGUACACCAUCCAAGCCCCAGGAGGGUUUGAGAUCCUUGCUCUGGGUGAUCGGGGCCUACUCCGCUUGCAGCCACACUGGACUAGGUUUGGCGGGGUUCAGGUCUGCCUGGACCGCACCUGGUGGCGUCUAUCAGUUCGGGGAGCUUCGCUGCCAGAGUGGGGAGCUGCACUGCUGCAGGAGGCUUUGGGCCGGUCUAGGCCACAUCUGCCCCCCUAACUUUCCUUGUUCCCUGCAGAAAUACAAGACUCGAAUGGGUGGCAAGGGCACUCAACUCUCAGGAGGUCAGAAACAGAGGAUUGCAAUUGCCUAGGCACUGAUCAGGCAGCCACAAAUUCUGCUGCUGGACGAGGCUACCUCAGUGCUGGACACAGAGAGUAAAAAGGUGGUCCAGGAAGCCCUAGACCAAGCCAGAAAAGGCUGCACUUGCCUCAUGAUUGCAUAAUACCUGGCCACCAUCCACAGUGGAGACGUCAUCCUGGCCACCAUCCACAGUGGAGACGUCAUCCUGGUGAUUCAGAACAACCAGGUCAGGGAGCAGGGCACCCACCAGCAGCUGCUGGCACAGAGAGGCAUCUACUUCUCAGUGGUCAGUAUCCAGGCUGGCACAUAG